AUGUUUUCUCGAGCGGUCCGGUUAUCGCGGGCUGCGCUGCCCAUCCGCGUCGCUUCCCAGCGGGUUCCUAUUGCUGCUCGUCGGAGCGUCACCACAAAUGCAGCUCAGGCGCAAGUCGACAAAAGCACCAUCCCUGAGUCCGAGGAUGAGCCCUUCACCAUCAGGCUCAGCGACGAAAGCUUCGAAACCUAUGAGCUCGAUCCCCCGCCUUACACCCUGGAGGUGACCAAGAAGCAGCUCAAGCAGAUGUACUACGACAUGGUCGUGGUCAGGCAAAUGGAGAUGGCUGCCGAUAGGCUAUACAAGGAGAAGAAGAUCCGUGGCUUCUGCCACCUUUCUGUUGGUCAAGAGGCUGUGGCCGUCGGUGUUGAGCAUGCGAUCGAGAAGACCGACGACGUGAUCACUUCCUACCGGUGCCACGGUUUCGCCUACAUGCGCGGCGGCACCGUCCGCUCAAUCAUCGGCGAGCUGCUUGGCCGCCGUGAGGGUAUUGCCUACGGAAAGGGUGGCUCUAUGCACAUGUUCACUAAGGGCUUCUACGGCGGCAACGGUAUUGUCGGUGCCCAAGUUCCCGUCGGUGCUGGUCUGGCUUUUGCCCAGAAAUACACCGGCGGCAAGAAGGCCACUGUCAUUCUUUAUGGUGACGGUGCCAGCAACCAGGGCCAGGUCUUUGAGGCUUUCAACAUGGCUAAGCUUUGGAACCUUCCAGCUCUAUUCGGCUGCGAGAAUAACAAGUACGGCAUGGGCACGUCUGCUGCUCGCUCUUCGGCUCUUACCGACUACUACAAGCGCGGCCAGUACAUUCCCGGUCUGAAGGUCAACGGCAUGGAUGUCCUUGCUGUCAAGGCUGCUGUCCAGUAUGGCAAGCAGUGGACGGUUGAGGGCAACGGCCCCUUGGUCCUUGAGUACGUCACCUACCGCUAUGGUGGUCACUCCAUGUCCGACCCCGGCACUACCUACCGCACCCGUGAGGAGAUUCAGCGCAUGCGUUCGACCAACGACCCCAUUGCCGGCCUCAAGCAGCGCAUCAUUAACUGGGGCGUCGCAACGGAGGAGGAGGUCAAGGGCAUUGACAAGGCUGCCCGUGCCCAUGUGAACGAGGAGGUUGCCGCUGCGGAGGCCAUGGCUCCUCCUGAGCCCACUGCCAAAAUCCUCUUCGAGGACAUCUACGUCAAGGGCACCGAGCCUCGGUACAUUCGUGGCCGCACUCUUGAUGAGGUCUACUACUUCAACUAA